CAAAAAGCUUGGGCUACUGCAAUGGCCCGGCCGACGCUGUUGAAGUAAACGCCAAUCAAGCAGCUUCUCCCCUUAUCCCCUCGCACCCCGUCGAGCGAGAGCGAAAGCCAUGGCGAGCGUCGCAGGCGUUGGGGUCUCAUGGAGGUCGUCCAAAGCUGCCCUCCUGCCGUCGUCGGUGAAACCCUCGCGCGCUGCUACCCGCCUUGCCUUCACCGUUCGGAACACCAUCUCCGUCGAGAAGAAGAACUACACGCUCCAGAAAUCUGAGGAAAUAUUCAAUGCCGCCAAGAAAUUGAUGCCUGGAGGUGUAAAUUCACCUGUUCGAGCCUUCAAAUCAGUUGGUGGGCAACCGAUUGUCUUUGAUUCUGUUAAAGGUUCUCGCAUGUGGGAUGUAGAUGGAAAUGAAUACAUAGACUAUGUUGGUUCUUGGGGUCCUGCUAUUAUCGGGCAUGCAGAUGACAAGGUGAAUGCUGCAUUGAUUGAGACCCUGAAGAAAGGCACAAGCUUUGGUGCUCCCUGUAUAUUAGAGAAUGUCCUGGCUGAGAUGGUCAUCUCGGCAGUGCCUAGUGUUGAAAUGGUCCGAUUUGUUAACUCAGGCACAGAAGCUUGCAUGGGUGUUCUCCGCCUUGCCCGUGCAUUCACUGGCCGGGAAAAGCUCAUCAAAUUUGAAGGCUGCUAUCACGGGCAUGCCAACGCAUUCCUUGUUAAAGCUGGUAGUGGGGUUGCCACUCUUGGCCUCCCUGACUCCCCUGGUGUUCCGUCGGGAGCCACAAUGGAUACACUAACCUCUCCUUACAAUGACCUUGAAACUGUAAAGAAACUAUUUGAAACCCACAAAGGUGAGAUUGCUGCUGUCAUCCUUGAACCAGUUGUGGGAAAUGCUGGUUUUAUCCCUCCAAAACCAGAAUUCUUGAAUGGCCUCCGUGAAAUCACAGAACAAAAUGGUGCUCUCCUGAUAUUUGAUGAGGUGAUGACAGGGUUCCGUCUAGCUUAUGGUGGGGCUCAAGAAUAUUUUGGCAUAACUCCUGAUCUAACCACUCUUGGAAAAGUGAUUGGUGGUGGUCUUCCAGUUGGAGCUUAUGGAGGAAGGAAAGAUAUCAUGCAGAUGGUGGCUCCUGCAGGGCCGAUGUAUCAAGCAGGAACUCUUAGCGGCAACCCGUUGGCUAUGACUGCAGGCAUUCACACUCUCAAGAGGUUAAUGGAACCAGGGACAUACGAGUAUCUAGAUAAAAUCACCUCUGAUCUUACCAAUGGAAUUCUAGAUGCUGGGGAGAGAGCUGGGCAUGAAAUGUAUGGUGGCUAUAUUCAUGGAAUGUUCGGGUUCUUCUUCAAUGCAGGGCCAGUUCACAAUUUUGAGGAUGCAAAAAAGAGCGACGCUGCUAAGUUUGCAAGGUUUCACAGGGGCAUGCUAGAGGAAGGCGUAUAUCUUGCACCCUCACAGUUUGAAGCAGGAUUUACAAGCUUAGCUCAUACUCAUAAAGAUAUCGAGCAAACAAUUGAGGCAGCUGAGAGGGUACUUAAGAGGAUUUGAAUGACUAAUGUACCUCGAGUGGCUAGCACUCUUUUAUUAUCUUUGUUCAACUUUUUGGUAGUUGAUUUUGUAUGUAUUCUCGGAGUUAUAUCAAACUGUUCUUGUUGUGAAUUAGAAUCUCUUUUGGUUUUGAGGAA